UAUUUUAAAGUGAGAAGGAAAUUUUGGAGAGAGUAUGAUCGUCUGUUAAACCCUAACACCCUUGUCUCGGUUGUCACUUUGGUCCGCUUCCACCUAAAAACCCAACCUUAAACCCUUCCCUGUGUCGGAGCCGCAGCCUUUAUAUUGUCUUCGAACACAUUGAUGGUUUAACGUUAUCUUCUGCAAGUUUUUUCCUUUUCACUGAGAAUUUAACCAUGAAGAGCAAAAAUCCCAAGAAGAGAGGCUCAGUUCCCAGAGGAAACAAGCGGGGCAAUAAAUUCGCAAUCAAAGAUGACCCCUUCUUCAAUACCGAAUCGAAGAAACGCCGAAAGAUGGGUUUCCAAGAUGACUACAUCGACUCCGGAGAGUCAGAGGAGGAAAACGGAGUCUUAAGCGGCGGAGAAGAGAGGAAGGAGGACGAAGAUGAGGAAAUUGAUCAGUUUGCGCAAGAGACUGCAGACGAGAAGAGGCAGCGCAUGGCGAAAUCCUAUGUACAAAAGCUUCGAGAAAUUGCAAUAAGAGAAGAGGAGGAGGAGGGGGAAGAGGAGGAAGAGAGAGAGUUUGAGAAGGAAGGGGAGAGGGAUUCCCUUGUGGUUAAGAAGUUGAUCCAGGAGCAGCUCGAGGAGAGUGGACGAUUGAGAAGAGUUAUAGCUUCCAGGGUUGAGAAGCCUGAUAGUGGAUUUGAGGUCCUAUUGAAGCAUCGGCAUUCUGUUACUGCUGUAUGUCUAUCUGAUGAUGACUCAAAGGGCUUUUCUGCUUCCAAAGAUGGCACAAUUUUAUAUUGGGAUGUAGAUACUGGGAAAGGUGAGAAGUACCAUUGGCCUAAUGAAGAAACACUCAGACUUCAUGGAGCCAAGGGUCCUGAUGGUAAAGCUACAAAGCAUAGCAAACAGGUUUUAUCAUUGGCUGUUAGCACUGAUGGUAAGUAUUUAGCAAGUGGAGGAUUAGAUAGGCAUGUUCAUGUAUGGGACACACGAACGAGAGAACAUAUUCAGGCUUUUCCAGGUCACAGAGGGCCUGUGUCAUGCCUAACUUUUAGGCAAGGGACUUCAGAACUUUUUUCUGGUUCUUUUGAUCGAUCAAUCAAAAUAUGGAAUGUGGAAGACAGAGCUUAUAUAAGCACAUUGUUUGGUCACCAAAGUGAAGUAUUAACAGUUGAUUGCUUGCGGAAAGAACGGGUGUUAGCGACAGGACGUGAUCGGACUAUGCAAUUAUUCAAGGUCCCAGAGGAGUCAAGGUUGAUAUUUCGUGCUUCUGCAUCCUCUCUGGAAUGUUGUUGUUUUAUUGAUAAUGAUGAAUUUUUAUCUGGUUCCGAUGAUGGAAAUAUUGAGCUCUGGAGCGUCCAAAAAAAGAAGCCUGUGUACGUUGUUAAGAAUGCUCAUGCUAUGUUGACUGACUUCAAAAAUUUUGAACAAAAAGAAAAUGGAAGUAUGUUUAAUGGUUAUCUAGCAUGUUCCUGGGUAAGUUCAGUCGCUGUAUGUAGAGGCAGUGAUCUUGCAGCAUCAGGCGCUGGUAGUGGUUCUGUUCGCUUAUGGACUGUUGAAAGUGCUCCCAAAGGCAUUAAACCCCUAUAUGAUCUUCCAUUGGUUGGGUUUGUGAAUUCACUGGCUUUUUCAAAAUCUGGAAAGUUCCUUGUUGCUGGAGUUGGGCAGGAGCCUCGACUUGGAAGAUGGGGACGAAUUUCAGCUGCUCGAAAUGGUGUUGCAAUUCAAAGGUUGACACUUUCAUAGGCUGUAGAAAAUUUUUUUUUACUCGCCCAGAAGUUUUGAUCACUCAAACUAGAGAAAUUAAAUGAGAAAUUCUGAUCCUUGUGAUUUGGUCUUUGUCCAAAUUGUAUAUUUAAUGCCGGCUCAUUAAUUAUGAUCAUUUUGCAGCCUGUUGUUUAGUUCUUUUCCUUUUCAAUAUUUUUAGUUUUUCCACAUUGAAAGGGAAUAGGAAAAUAUGUUCAUUUAUGCUGACAGAGAUUCAUAUUUCAUGGAAGGAGAAUUGUCGGAGUAAUUUAUUUUCCAAUGCAAA